CAUCCCGUUGUUGUUUCUAGUACACGACUGGCCGGCGUCGUAGAGGCGGCGCAGCGCAUCACGUCUUGUCCACGGGGUCGAAGGCUGUAGACGCGGUGGGUUCUGCGGCGUCUAACUUCAGGCACAAGGAAUAUGGCAGAAAAUGUGAAGUCAUGGUUAUAUGCCUUCUGUGGGAAAAAGAAGGUCACACCCAACUAUGAAGUCAGAAAUUCAGGGCCAAAGCAUCGUCAGAGAUUUCUGUGUGAGGUGCGAGUCGGCAACUACAAUUAUGUUGGUGUUGGGAACUCAACCAACAAGAAAGAUGCACAAGCCAAUGCAGCAAAGGACUUUGUCCAGUUCCUCAUCCGGCAAGGAGAAGUGAAUGAGAGUGAAGUUCCUGAUUUACAUGGCACAGAUAAUGCUGGGGGAGAUGGCAGUGGAGGACUACUUGGGGAGGGUGGAUUCCAGCCUUCUAUGCCUAUGGCACCUGUUCCAGGCCUUCGGGAUGAAGGCAAUGUGUACCGCCCAAUUCAGCAGGGUGGCCGACCAAUGACCUACAUGGAGCGAGUGGAAGAAAGGAAGAAAGUAGAAGAUGCUGAAGAUGUUGACCUUACGGCAAACAUUCAUGGAAACUGGACAAUUGAGAAUGCCAAAUCACGGCUACACAUGUUUCUUCAGAGUAACAAAAUUAAUGCUGACUAUAAGUACAGUGCAGUUGGACCGGAUCAUAACAGGAGCUUCGUAGCUCAAAUGUCAUUUUACGUCAAGCAACUUGGGAGAGAGCUAUAUGGUCGUGAAACUGGGUCUAAUAAGCAGGCAGCAAGCAAAAGCUGUGCCCUGUCACUUGUCAGGCAGUUGUUCCACUUGAAUGUGAUUGAAGCUUUCUCUGGAACUCUUAAGAAGAAAGAGAGUGAGAAGCUUCCACCUUAUGAGGUUCAGAUGUCUCCGGAACUUGUCACUCAGAUGGAUGCUGUGCUGAAAUCUACAGAAGUGUUUCCAGUACAGCCAAACCUCAGUGAUCCUUCUCAUCCUCAGUCGUUGAUGCCAGAUGUUAAGCCUUCAGAAUUUCAGGCCAGUGAGGCUCCUCCAGUGACAAGUGGUGUUGUGUCAUGGUCUCCUCCAAAGCCCAAUUGGAAUACCUGGACUGGUUGCAACAUUGAUGAAGGUCCACUGGCUACAAUGAAUUUGGAUCAAAUUAGUGCAGACCUCCAGAGAUCCCAUCAGGAGCGCCUGCAGACUGAUCGGGACCUUCAGAAUAUGACCCAGCAACGUGCUCAACUCCCUGUGAAUGCCAAGAAGCAAGAGAUCAUGGAAGCUAUAUAUGAUAAUCCUAUUGUCAUCAUUAGAGGAAACACUGGUUGUGGAAAGACUACUCAGGUUUGCCAGUUCAUUCUUGAUGACUACAUUCAGUCUGGCUCAGGAGCUUACUGCAAUAUUGUGGUGACACAACCACGGCGUAUAUCUGCAGUUUCGGUUGCUGACCGCAUUGCAACUGAACGUGGUGAAGAGCUAGGCCAAAGCAUUGGAUACUCUGUUCGUUUUGAGUCCGUGCUACCCAGGCCUUAUGGAGGGGUGUUGUUCUGCACAGUAGGAGUGUUAUUGAGGAAACUGGAAGGAGGACUUAGGGGUGUGUCCCAUGUCAUUGUGGAUGAAAUUCAUGAGCGAGACAUCAAUACCGACUUUAUUUUGAUUGUACUUCGUGACAUGGUGCGGGCUUUUCCAGAUGUCCGCAUCAUCCUCAUGUCUGCCACCAUAGACAUUAGCCUUUUCACAAAUUAUUUUGUGAAUCCAGUAGUAAUUGAGGUUCCUGGUCGAGCCUUCCCUGUUCAGGAGUACUUUUUAGAGGACUGCAUUGAGAUGACUAGGUUUAUGCCAAUACCAGAUUCAAGGAAAAAAAAUAAAAAGGAUAAGGAUGAGGAACUACCUGGAGAUGAGCCAGAAGAAAACCUGAACAUUGUGACGUCGGAUAACUACUCUCCUGCCACUAAGGAAGCCAUGGCCAUGCUUAAUGAGAAGGACCUGAGCUUCGAGCUGAUUGAGGCCUUGCUCAAGUACAUCAAGGGCCAGAACUUGCCUGGGGCAGUGCUGAUUUUCCUCCCUGGCUGGAACCUCAUCUUUGCCCUUAUGAGGCAUCUUACCCAACAUCCACAAUUUAGUGGGAGAGACUACCUUGUGUUACCUUUACAUUCUCAACUGCCCCGAGAAGACCAAAGGCGGGUAUUUGAACCUGUGCCUGAUGGUAUCACUAAAAUUAUUCUUGCCACAAACAUUGCUGAAUCAUCAAUCACCAUCAAUGAUGUUGUGUUUGUGAUAGAUUCCUGCAAAGCUAAGAUGAAGCUUUUCACAUCUCAUAACAAUAUGACCAAUUAUGCUACAGUUUGGGCAUCACGCACCAACCUGGAGCAAAGAAAGGGUCGAGCUGGGCGAGUUCGAGCAGGAAUAUGCUUCCAUUUAUGCAGUAGAGAAAGAUUCAAGAAGCUAGAUGAACACAUGACGCCUGAGAUGUUCCGUACUCCUCUCCAUGAAGUUGCUCUCUCCAUCAAACUUCUCCGUCUUGGUUCCAUUGGAGAAUUUCUUUCCAAGGCUAUUCAGGCUCCACCAAUUGAUGCUGUCAUUGAAGCUGAAGUAACACUUAGAGAAAUGAAGUGCAUGGACGUGAAUGACGAGUUGACUCCAUUGGGUCGAAUCUUGGCUCGCCUGCCAAUAGAACCUCAUCUUGGCAAGAUGGUGAUUUUAGGCUGUAUAUUCUUUUGUGGGGAUGCCAUGUGCACUAUUGCAGCACACAAUUCCACUUCCCCUGAAAUCUUCAUCAUUCCACCAGAACAUAAGAGGUUGAGUCCAUUCCAAAGAGCCUUUGCUGGUAAUAGGUACAGUGAUCACAUAGCAGCUCUGAGUGCUUUCACUUCCUGGGAGGAGGCCAGGAUUGGAGGGGAGGCUGCUGAAAUCAGCUUCUGUGACUACAAAGGACUCUCUAUGCCAACUCUCCGGGUUACUUGGGAAGCCAAGAACCAGCUGAAGGAGCUCCUUGUAAGUGCAGGAUUCCCAGAAGAGUGUUUACUGCCACAGUCCUACAACUUCUAUGGCCCUGACCCAAAAUUGGACUUGGUGGUUGCACUUCUCACCCUUGGUCACUAUCCAAAUGUUUGUGCACAUAAAGAGAAGCGGAAGGUGCUAACCACAGAAUCCAAAGCAGCACUGAUUCACAAGUCUUCUGUCAACUGCAACAACAGAGAAACGUCCUUCCCAUCUCCUUUCUUUGUGUUUGGUGAGAAGAUAAGAACCCGUGCUGUUUCCUGCAAGCAGAUGACAAUGGUAACACCAAUUCAUCUGAUCCUGUUUGGAGUACGGAGAGUUGAAGCAGUUGAAGGUGUUGUUCGGCUGGACGGAUGGAUUAACUUGAACAUGGAGCCUGAUGUUGCUGCAAGAAUUUGUGCUUUGAGGCCAAGUGUGGAGCAUCUCAUUAUUAAUGGGGUGGCAAAUCCAGAGGGCAUCACUGAACCCACACAUCAAGAUGAGCAGAUAAUGAAUUGUGUGAAACAGUUGUGUAGGUUAAAUGCUGGUCGUCAUAAUAUGGAACAGAUUGGCAUGGGAGGCUUUAAUACCCCUAGACCUCCACGACAGUUUCCUGGCAGCGGAGGUGCAUUCAAUACCCCAAGACCUCCAAGACAAUUUGGUGGCAGUGGUGGUGGACCUCCUCCAUUCAAAAGGAUGAGACCUGAUGAUAUGCCUGAUGGUGACAAUAAUGGUGGUGGUCAAGGUGGCCACGAUGAACAUGGAGGAUUUAGAGGUGGUAUGGCCGGCAACAGCUAUUUUGGAGGACGUGGAGGUGGGGGGUACUUCCGUGGGAACCGUGGCCGAGGUAGAGGGGGAUUUGGAAAUCAAUUUGGUGGGGGUUAUAGAGGUGGCUUUGGUGGUGGAGGGUAUGGAGGUGGCCCUAGGGGAGGAUAUGGUGGUGGGCCAAGGGGUGGGUAUGGAGGGGGUGGUUCCAGGGGAGGAUAUGGAGGGGGUGGUGGAAAUUAUUAAGGUUAUUGAUUGUCCUUUCCAGAGUAGGUGGUUUUACAAGAUAUAAUUUUUCCCUUUCUUUCCACCAGCAAUGUUUACUUUUGGAUAUUACUGUUAUUAGUUUUCUGCUUCUUUAAUCAAUAUAAAAAAGACAGACUUUUGAUAGAUAAGAAAAAAAAAAGUUCAGAAGUGUUAUAUCUAAA